AUGGGGUCAUGUUGUAGUUGCUUGAAAGAUUCUUCAGACGAGGCCAGUGUCUCACCAAUUGCCGAGAAUGAAAGAGAAGCGGUGACUUUAUUACUAGGAUACUUGGAAGAUAAAGACCAGUUGGAUUUCUACUCAGGCGGUCCGUUGAAAGCAUUGACAACUUUGGUUUAUUCAGAUAAUUUGAAUUUGCAAAGGAGUGCUGCUUUGGCGUUUGCAGAAAUUACUGAAAAAUAUGUUCGCCAAGUCUCCCGAGAAGUGUUAGAACCUAUCUUAAUACUGUUACAAAGCCAAGACCCACAGAUUCAAGUAGCCGCCUGUGCAGCCCUGGGUAAUUUGGCCGUAAAUAAUGAAAACAAAUUGUUGAUAGUGGAAAUGGGUGGCUUGGAACCAUUAAUAAAUCAAAUGAUGGGUGAUAAUGUAGAGGUUCAAUGCAAUGCCGUUGGAUGCAUAACCAAUUUGGCCACAAGAGAUGACAAUAAACACAAGAUUGCCACUUCCGGUGCUUUAAUCCCAUUGACUAAAUUGGCUAAAUCUAAACACAUUAGAGUUCAAAGAAAUGCUACAGGUGCAUUACUGAAUAUGACACAUUCUGAGGAAAACAGAAAAGAAUUAGUUAAUGCUGGUGCCGUACCUGUGUUAGUAUCUUUACUUUCAUCUACUGAUCCUGAUGUUCAGUAUUAUUGUACAACUGCUUUAUCGAAUAUAGCAGUAGACGAGUCCAAUCGCAAGAAACUGGCUCAAACUGAGCCAAGAUUAGUUUCGAAGUUGGUGGGUCUGAUGGAUUCCCCAUCUUCUAGAGUAAAAUGUCAAGCUACUUUGGCAUUGAGAAACCUAGCAUCAGAUACAAGUUAUCAAUUAGAAAUUGUAAGGGCUGGUGGUCUACCUCAUUUGGUGAAAUUGAUUCAGAGUGAUUCUAUACCACUAGUUUUAGCUAGUGUAGCAUGCAUCAGAAAUAUCUCUAUUCACCCAUUGAAUGAAGGUUUGAUUGUAGAUGCCGGUUUCUUGAAACCAUUAGUGAAAUUACUAGAUUACAAAGACUCAGAAGAAAUCCAAUGUCAUGCCGUAUCUACGUUGAGAAAUUUGGCAGCAUCAUCUGAAAAAAAUAGAAAAGAGUUUUUCGAAAGUGGGGCCGUAGAAAAAUGCAAAGAAUUAGCUUUAGAUUCGCCUGUUAGUGUCCAAAGUGAAAUUUCCGCAUGUUUUGCAAUUUUGGCUUUAGCAGACGUCUCCAAAUUGGACCUAUUAGAAGCAAACAUUCUAGAUGCUUUGAUUCCAAUGACCUUUUCUCAAAAUCAAGAGGUGUCCGGUAAUGCAGCAGCUGCUUUGGCAAAUCUGUGCUCGAGGGUAAACAAUUAUACAAAAAUCAUUGAAGCAUGGGACCGUCCGAAUGAAGGUAUUCGUGGAUUUUUGAUAAGAUUUUUGAAAAGUGAUUAUGCUACGUUUGAACACAUUGCGCUAUGGACAAUUUUACAGUUGCUAGAGAGUCAUAACGAUAAAGUUGAAGAUUUGGUCAAGAAUGAUGGUGAUAUUAUUAAUGGAGUAAGAAAAAUGGCAGAUGCGACUUUUGAACGUCUACAAAGAUCAGGUAUCGAUGUUAAGAAUCCAGGGAAUAAUAUGAACACAAAUUCAAAUGACAACAGCAGUAACAACAACGACACAGGUUCGGAGCAUCAACCUGCAGAGGACGCAAGCUUAGAACUGUACAAUAUUACUCAACAAAUUUUACAAUUUUUACAUUGA